CUCCGUGCCUCCUGUGCGUUUCCCCAGCUGACGGGGCUGGACAUUAGCCCCCUCCCUCGCCCCUAGUCCCGCUCCGGGGAACCCCCUGUGGGCCAAACUGCUUGAGUAUUGGUGGAUACUAGACGAUGGCCACCAUUUUCACUUUUCGUCUUUUCAAAGUACACACGCUCAUAUUGAAACUGUCCUAAGUGUCUUAGGGAGAUUUGUAGUCACGGGGCUUUUAAAAUCUAGUCAGAGCUGAUCGUUUCAACUGCAGUUCCCUUUUUCAUAGCUGAGGGAGCAUGAGCCAUCUGCACAACUUACUGUUAGAUACCCUCCUGGGAACGAAGCAUGUGGACAGUGCAGCCCUCAUCCACCUCCAGGAGCGGAGCCUGUGUGUAGCAUCACCAGGAUUUACUGUAAUGCCCAGUGAUGUCCAAACACUUGUGAAUGGAUUCGCCAAGAACCCUUUGCAAGCCAGAAGAGAAGGAUUGUAUUUCAAGGAAAAAGACUACAAAUGUGUCCGGGCAGAUGACCAUUCUCUUUAUGCUAAGAAUGAAAACACUGGUGUGGUUGUUGUGAAGACCUGUAUGUAUCUUCUGGUGGCAACUUACACUGAGGGCAUGUAUCCUAGUGUUUGUGUGGAAGCCACAGAGAAGCUGGGAGAAUAUCUAAGAAGAAAAGGAAAUUAAGUCAUCAGAGGACUAUGAAAGACAGCUUUUAUUAUUUUAGAAGAAAACUAUAGAUCCCAAAGAAAAAGUAAUGCCUUAUUUUGUGGUUGAAAAACACUAGGCAGGAGAUACUGAAAAGGAAGAAUGAGUUAAGGGAGCAAUUUUUCUUAUUUCAAGAGAUCCUCUUCUUUAAUUGGAAUUAUUUGAUCAACUUUACUUGUGUUUUUUUAAGUGUUGGUCAUUGGCAUGAAUGUGAGAGCACUGAUAGUUUCAUAGGACAUAUCUGUUGGUAGAUUCCUCCAUGAGUCUCUUGUACUCCUGCACAUCUGGCUGGGUAUGCCAAGAAUGCAGGCCCUAACCACUCUACAUCCAGGCCAUUUCUCAGGGUUAUGUUGCAGGAAGCGACCUUGAAAAAUGAAGUAAUG